ACCCGAAGAGACUCCCUAAUUGUCUGCUUGUCAAACUCCCGAUCAAAACUUCCUCUCUAUGCACCAUUUGGAAAGUUUUCAAAACAACUGGACUCUUAUCUUUCCUCAAAAUUACGAUAUCUGCCACUUUCCCUUCACUCUCUCACUCUACUACUCCAAUAAACCCUACUCUCAACUCUUUUUACCCUUCCUAAAAAAACCCCUUUCUCCUCUUUCCCCUCUAAACCCAAACCCUCUUCCUUGUUUUCUCAAGAAUCCCAUUAAUUUUCCGGGAAAAGAAAAAAUUUUCCUGGGAAAUCAGAAUGGAGGAAGAAGGUGCUCUGCCAGACCAUCUCCGUUGCAAACGAACCGACGGGAGGCAAUGGCGGUGUAAGCGACGAGUAAUGGAAGGCAAAAAGCUGUGUGAGAUUCACCAUAUCCAAGGCCGUCACCGACAAAAGAAACAGAAAGUACCAGAAUCCCUCAAAAUGCAAAGGAAAAAGGGAAAAAAGAAAGGUUUCGAGAAGAACAAGCUCGAAAUUAGGGCAAAGUUGCUGAAAUUAGCCGGGCCAAUGAAGCGAAAGAGGGUGAUCGGAAGGGAAUCUGAGGCUUUAGACGAAGCUGUUCGGAAGAUGAAACUGAAGAGAGGAGAUUUGCCAUUGGAGCUCAUAAGAAUGGUUUUGAAAAGAGAAAUUCAGAAGAAGAAAAGGAAAGAAAGUGAUUGUAGUGAUUUUGAUGAAGAAGAAGAAAAAGGUGAUUUAAUGAGAGAAUUGCCUAAUGGGUUAAUGGCUAUUUCUUCUUCAAGUCCACAUUUUGAUAAUGCUGGUUCAUGUUCCGGUUCUGGUUCGGGUUCAGGUUCUGUUUCAGGUUCUUGUUUUAAUGUUAAAGUAGGAGAAACUGAAACUGAUACUGUUGCAAUUACCAGAAGGCGGUUUCGGUCUAAGAACAUUGAACCAUUACCUGUUGGUACAUUGCAGGUUGAGCCUUAUAAGAAGAAUGUGGUGAAUUUGAGGAGAGGGAGAAGUAUAAGGUGCCACUGGUGUAGAAAAAGCGGUGUUCGUAGUUUGAUCAAGUGUUCCAGUUGUAGACAGCAGUUCUUUUGCUUGGAUUGCAUAAAAGAACAGUAUUUUGUUAAGCAAGAAGAAGUUAAGAUAACUUGUCCAGUAUGUCGUGGAACUUGUGGCUGCAAGGCCUGCUCAGUGAGUCAACAUAGAGACACUGAAUGUAAGGAGUUUCUAAGGGACAAAAACAAAGUGGACAAGGUGUUACAUUUUCAUUAUUUGAUCUGCAUGCUUCUUCCUGUUUUGAAACAAAUAAACCAAGACCAGGGUGAUGAGAUUGAAGUAGAGGCAAAAGUAAAAGGCCAAAAACUCUGUGAUAUUCAGGUCCAACCAACUGAAUUUCGUGGCAAUAAGGAAUAUUGUUGCAGUAACUGCAAGAAUUUCAUACUGGAUUUCCAUAGAAGCUGCCCAAAGUGUUCAUAUAACCUCUGCUUAAGUUGUUGUCGGGAUAUCUUUCAAGGGAGUUUAGUUGGAAGUAUCAAAAAACUUAACUGCAAAUGCCCAAAUAGAAGGAAAAGUAGUUUUCCUGGCAUUCGCCUUUCAGAUAAGAAAUCUGUAAGAAUCUCUAAGCAAAAAUAUGACAGUAGACAUUUUGAUUCUUCUGCAUCAUUGCAUAGUCUGAAAGCUCCUGAUGGCAUUGUUCCUAUAUCAUGCCCACCCAGAAAGUUUGGUGGUUGUGGUGAUGGCUUUCUUGAUCUGAGAUGUAUUUUGCCACUAAGAUGGUUCAAGGAGCUGGAAAUAAGUGCUGAAGAAAUAGUCGGCAGCUAUGAAUUGCCGGAAGCCUUUGAUACUUUUUCAUUCUGCUCACUAUGUCCUGGGACAGAUUAUGAAGCUAAUGGUGUGAAGCAGUUGCAAGAGGCUGCUAGGAGAGAGAAUUCAAAUGAUAACUUUCUGUUUUACCCAACUAUCAUGAACAAUCAUGGUGAUAACCUGGAGCACUUCCAGAAGCAUUGGGGUAAAGGCCAUCCUGUAAUAGUUCGAAAUGUUCUUCACGAUACUUCAGCUUUGAGUUGGGAUCCGGUAUUCUUGUUUUGCUUGUAUCUUAAGAAUAGUGUUGCCAAAGCUGAGAAUGAGGAACUAAGUAAAACUACAGGUUGCUUGGACUGGUUUGAGGUUGAAAUUGGUAUUAAGCAGUUAUUUUUGGGGUCAUUGAUGGGGCUGGCACAAUCUAGUAUGUGUGAUGAGAAGCUGAAACUGAAGGGCUGGCUUUCUUCUCAUAUAUUUCAAGAACAAUUCCCAGAUCAUUAUACCGAAAUCAUUCAAGCUUUACCACUUCCAGAAUACAUGGAUCCUGGAAGUGGUCUUUUGAACAUUGCUGCAAGGUUGCCACAAGAAAUCAUAAAGCCUGACCUAGGCCCAUGUGUCUCUAUAUCAUAUUGCAGUGGGGAGGAACUUGUGCAGGCCAAUUCGGUGACAAAAUUAUGUUAUAGUUUAUGUGAUGUGGUUAAUGUUUUGGCACAUGCUACAGAUGCUUCUGUGUCCAUGAAGCAGCUUAAUAAAAUAAGAAAGUUAAUGAAAAAGAAAAAAUCUCAAGACCAAAAGGAGCUUGCUAAUACUACUCUUGAUCAAAAGAUGGCUUAUAAAGUCAAGGAAAAAUCUCCACCACAUGGCAAAAAUAUGGAAGAAGUAGGAAUGAAUGAAAUGAUUGGUAAAGAAAUGCAUGCUUAUGACGGAGUACCCAAAGUUUCCCGAUUACCUUCUGCUGUGCAUGAUGCACAUGAUUUAGGUUUCAAAGAUAGAGAUGUUUACCAUGAUAAGGAAGAUAGCUCUGACUCUGAUUCUGAUUCUGAUUGUAAUUCAAAUUCUGAACCUGCACUACUUCCAUGCCAUACCAUUCACAACACAGAAGCAUUAGAAAAGCAGGAAGUGUUUGGGGAAAGAACUGACUUGGCCAAGUCAUGCGGUGCAGAAUGGGAUGUCUUCCGAAGGCAGGAUGUUCCAAAGCUUAUGGAGUACCUUAGAAAGCAUUCAAAUGAGUUUGGUCACACGUGUGGCUUUCGAAAGCAUGUGGUUCAUCCAAUCCUUGAUCAGAAUUUCUUUCUUGACACAAGUCACAAGAGAAGGCUGAAGGAGGAGUAUGAAAUUGAACCCUGGACUUUUGAGCAACAUGUUGGAGAAGCUGUUAUAAUUCCAGCUGGCUGUCCAUACCAGAUUAGGAAUGUUAAGUCCUGCGUUAAUGUGGUUUUGGAUUUUGUUUCACCGGAAAAUGUGACCAAGUGUAUCCAGUUGAUAGAUGAACUUCGUCUGCUUCCAGAAGAUCACAAAGCAAAAGCAAAGAAGUUUGAGGUUGAGAAGAUGGCCCUGUAUAGGAUUAGAGCAGCAAUAAGAGAAAUUCGUGAGCUUACAUGUGCAGAGUCCAGUGCUGAGCUCAGUGAGUAGUUGAGAAUUGGAGAAAAAUGUCAUGUGAUCUGAGGGAUUCUCAGUUUCUGGCUAUUGCUGUGCUCUAUGGUUUUUCCUUUUUUAAAGCAUUGCUCACUGCAUGCGGAAAUUUUGAUGCAAUUGUCCAUUCUCUCCCCCCAUUGGAUAUGGAAGUCAAAUCAUGUGGAACUAGGCCACUUUACUGCAACUGACUUUGUAAAUGUGUAAUAUUGAUCAACCAUCUACUUAUUACAACCGAAGUCAGAUGGAAAAUCAUUCAUAGUAUUUUACCUUUUUGUU